CCCAGCCCGACCCGUUCCGCACACGUCGGUGCCACGCGCCGGGGUAGCCGCCUCCUUCCCCGAGUGUAGUAACCGCUCCCCUAGUUCCGGGUGGUUUGUAGCCCCGCCAUGGCCGCGGCCCGCGGGAACCGAGCUCGGGAUAAGUACUCGGUGCUGCUGCCCACGUACAACGAGCGCGAGAACCUGCCGCUCAUCGUCUGGCUGCUGGUGCGGAGCUUCCAAGAGAGUGGAAGCAACUUUGAAAUUAUAGUCAUAGAUGAUGGAAGCCCAGAUGGGACACGGGAAGUUGCUGAACAGUUGGAAAAGAUAUAUGGUUCAGAUAAAAUUCUUCUAAGGCCCAGAGCAAAAAAGCUGGGAUUGGGCACUGCUUAUAUUCAUGGAAUGCAGCAUGCCACAGGGAAUUUCAUUAUUAUUAUGGAUGCGGACCUCUCGCACCAUCCAAAAUUUAUUCCAGAGUUCAUCAGAAAGCAAAAAGAAGGUAACUUUGACAUUGUGUCUGGAACUCGGUAUAAAGGAAAUGGAGGUGUGUACGGCUGGGAUUUGAAAAGAAAAAUAAUCAGUCGUGGUGCCAACUUUGUGACUCAGGUUUUGUUGAGACCAGGUGCAUCAGAUUUAACAGGAAGUUUCAGGUUAUACAGAAAGGAGGUCUUGCAGAAACUAAUGGAAAAAUGUGUUUCUAAAGGAUACGUCUUCCAGAUGGAAAUGAUUGUUCGAGCUAGACAGUUAGGAUAUACUAUUGGAGAGGUUCCAAUAUCAUUUGUGGACCGUGUCUAUGGAGAAUCUAAACUGGGAGGCAAUGAAAUAGUGUCUUUCUUGAAAGGACUGUUAACUUUGUUUGCAACUACAUGAUAAGAGCUUACCCUAAGUUAAUUCUUAUUUAAAAUGCAACAUUCUCAUGAGUUAAAUGUAAUUUUUAAAAUACAUACAGUUGUACAAGCUUGCUGCUUUGCCUAGUUACCAGGAGACCCAUCACCUAUUUGUGAUUAAGUGAACCAACAAUAAUAAAGCAAAUAAACUGUAUCACAGAAUAUUAUUUUCAAAUUAAAUGAAUAGUGUAUUUAUGAACAAUGUAUAAUGAAAACCCAUGCAGUACUGUUUUUUGUACAAAUAAUGAAGUGUUAAUAAAUUAGACCACACUUCAGUUCUGGGCUAUAGAUUUUUGUUGAAAAGUGUCAUGAGACCUUUCUCUUAUGUCUGUGAAAAUUAUAAAGUGUGCAAAUUAGCAAGAUCCUACUGUAUACAGAAAGAUGUAGUUUUUCUCAAUUAUAUUCUAACAAAAUAUUUUUCUUUAUUCCAGACUAAUACUGAAAAUUUCAGUCAGACAUACUGUGUUAAGAAUAAUACACAAAUAAAUCCAAAUAAUCUUU